UCAAGCAUUUCAGGAGUAGCGUAUUCGCCAUUUUGAAUUGGAGUCGCACGCAAAACGUUGUGUAUGUGUACAAAAGCGACUCUGCACCUUUAAAAAGAAAAUAUAACAUAUUAGUUUCAACAUACCCAGAAGCAAUAAACGAUGGCAGAAUAUCUGGCAUCAAUUUUUGGUACAGAAAAAGACAAAGUAAAUUGUUCGUUUUAUUUUAAAAUCGGUGCCUGCCGACACGGAGAUCGAUGUUCACGAAUUCAUAACAAACCAACAUUCAGUCAGACAUGCUUAUUGCAAAACCUUUAUGUAAAUCCUCAAAAUUCAGCAAAGAGUGCAGAUGGAUCCCAUUUGGUUGCAAAUGUAUCCGACGAGGAGAUGCAAGAACAUUAUGACAAUUUUUUUGAGGAUGUCUUUGUCGAAUGUGAGGAUAAAUAUGGCGAAAUAGAAGAAAUGAAUGUGUGCGAUAAUCUUGGAGACCACUUAGUUGGAAAUGUUUACAUCAAGUUUCGAAGGGAAGAGGAUGCAGAAAGAGCUGUGAAUGAUUUAAAUAAUAGAUGGUUCGGUGGUAGACCAGUUUAUGCUGAACUUUCUCCAGUUACUGACUUCAGAGAAGCCUGCUGUCGCCAAUAUGAAAUGGGAGAAUGUACACGCUCAGGAUUCUGUAAUUUCAUGCACUUGAAGCCAAUUUCACGAGAACUACGACGUUAUUUGUACAGCCGAAAGAAAGGAGGUAAAGGUCGGUCGAGAUCACGUUCACGAUCUCGUGGUCGUGAUCGCAAACGAAGAUCGCGAUCUCGCGAUAGGAGAUCCAGAUCUAAAGAUCGUCGAAAAGGUAGGGACGAUAAGGGUAGGGAUGGACGAUCUGGAAGGUAUUAACUGUAUUAUUUUUCAAUUGUAAUAAUCCUUCAUAAUAAAAUAGUUUAAAUUGAUUCCUUAUUUCUUUGACUGUUCUGUUAAAGAUAACGUGUUUACUCGUAUUUUUACUUUCAUUCAUUAACUAUUAGCCAAAUAUGUAUCUUAUAUUUAAAGACAUGAAAUUCUUUCAAGCAAUGACAACUUUAUCUUUCUUAAAAAAGAAUUUACUACACACAUAAUUGUUUUUCAUAUGCGACGAUUAAAGGGUAACUGUAACACGAAAUUAUGUGGUGUGUAAUUAUAGUGAAAUUAAAAAUAGUAAGGACCAUCUCUUUCUUGUUAUAAUUUAAUAUGAUAAAAAUAAAUUGUCAUUUAGAUUUGUAUAAA